CUGUAGAUGGAGCUGUCCGGCCCCGGCGAGGGGGAAGGCGCCUGGAAAACGUUCUUCUUCUCCCUGGCCGGCCCGAGCGGGGAACAGCGCUCCCAGGAUGCAGUUUGUGUCAACACGGCCGCAGCCUCAGCAGCUGGGCAUCCAGGGCCUGGGGCUGGACAGCGGGAGCUGGAGCUGGGCGCAGGCUCUGCCCCCGGAGGAGGUCUGCCACCAGGAGCCGGCGCUGCGCGGGGAAAUGGCCGAGGGAAUGCCGCCCAUGCAGGCUCAGGAAUGGGACAUGGACGCCCGGCGACCAGUGCCUUUUCAGUUCCCACCCUUCCCAGAUAGGGCACCCGUCUUCCCCGACCGCAUGAUGAGAGAGCCCCAGCUGCCCACGGCAGAGAUCUCUCUCUGGACCGUGGUGGCCGCCAUCCAGGCCGUGGAGAGGAAGGUGGACGCCCAGGCCAGCCAGCUGCUAAACCUGGAGGGCCGGACGGGGACGGCCGAGAAGAAGCUGGCCGACUGCGAGAAGACGGCCGUGGAGUUCGGGAACCACAUGGAGGGCAAGUGGGCGGUGCUGGGGACCCUGCUGCAGGAGUACGGGCUGCUGCAGAGGCGGCUGGAGAACGUGGAGAACCUGCUGAGGAACAGGAACUUCUGGGUCCUGCGGCUGCCCCCGGGCAGCAAGGGCGAGGUCCCCAAGGUCCCGGUGACGUUUGUGGACAUCGCCGUUUACUUCUCGGAGGACGAGUGGAGGAACCUGGACGAGUGGCAGAAGGAGCUCUACAACAACCUGGUGAAGGAGAACUACAAAAGCCUGGCCUCCCUGGACUCGGAAGGUCCCGUGUCCAAGCCAGAGGCCCCGCCCCAGGCUGAGCCCCGGGAAGAGCCUUGCGUGUGGGAGCAGCGUGACCCAGAAGAGAGGGAAAUCCUGAUGGAUCCAGACACAGGAGCAGAGCCCCUGGUGCCUGCGCAGGACGCGUCCUCUCAGGUGAAGCGGGAGGAGGCCCUGUGUGCCCGGGGCCAGCGGGGCCUGGAGGAAAGAGCGAUCCCCACGGAGUCCAUUACCGACUCACCAGCUUCUGCCCAAGACCUCCUGUCCCGGAUCAAACAGGAAGACCCCCCGUGCGUGUGGGCUCAGCAGGAGUUGGCGGAGAGGGACAUUCCAACGGACCCCAACUCAGAGUCUCUGAUCUCCGCACACGACAUCUUGUCAUGGAUAAAGCAGGAGGAGCAGCCGUACCCGUGGGGCUCUCGUGACUCCAUGGAAGGAGAGCUCGGAUUAGAUUCUGGCCCCGGUGACAGCCUGCUGAUGGUGAAGAACCCGCCCCCGGCCCCGCCGCAGCCCCCGCCCGCCCCGCAGAGCCUGCCCCCGCUGCCGGCGCCCCCCGAGGACGCGGGCGGCCCCCCGAGCCGCGGCGGGGGCGCGCUGCUGGACGACGGCUUCCCCGCGCUGCCCGGGGAGCGGGGCGCGGGUGGGGCGCCGGCGGGCGGCCAGGCGGGCGGCGGCGGCGGCGGCGGGGCCGCGGGGGGCGCGGGCGGGGGCCCGGGCGGCGGCGGCGGCGGCGGCGGGGGCUGCGGCAGCUGCUGCCCGGGCGGCCUCCGCCGGAGCCUCCUCCUGCACGGCGCGCGCAGCAAGCCCUACUCGUGCCCGGAGUGCGGCAAGAGCUUCGGUGUACGCAAGAGCCUCGUCAUCCACCACCGCAGCCACACCAAGGAGCGGCCGUACGAGUGCGCCGAGUGCGAGAAGAGCUUCAACUGCCACUCGGGCCUCAUCCGCCACCAGAUGACGCACCGCGGCGAGCGGCCCUACAAGUGCUCCGAGUGCGAGAAGACCUACAGCCGCAAGGAGCACCUGCAGAACCACCAGCGGCUGCACACGGGCGAGCGGCCCUUCCAGUGCGCGCUGUGCGGCAAGAGCUUCAUCCGCAAGCAGAACCUGCUCAAGCACCAGCGCAUCCACACCGGCGAGCGGCCCUACACGUGCGGCGAGUGCGGCAAGAGCUUCCGCUACAAGGAGUCGCUCAAGGACCACCUGCGCGUGCACAGCGGCGGCGGACCGGGCCUCGGCGCCCAGCGGCCCCUCCAGGCGCCACCGGAGCGAGACUAGGGCUGGGCCGGGGGAGGGGAGGGCCCGGCGGCAGGAGCAGGGGGCGGGGGCGAGCCUGGGGGCGUCCUGAGGCCCCACGAUCCGAUCCGAUCCUGCCCUUGGUUCUCGGGGCGCCUUCCCUCCCUCUAGCCGCCACCUGCUGGAAAUCGGGAACAGGAAUUGCACUCCAGACGGGGUCCCCUGAGUGUGGGGCAGGGGUCCCCUAGACCUGUCCGGCCUGAAUGGACAGCCCAGCUCUUCUCAUAGGGUGGACCAAGGGGGCCGGCGCAGGGAA